CCAGUCCUGCAUCUUUCUCUGGACGAUCACGGCAUCAAUCACUCCCUUAUUAUCUGAUUUUCUCCCAAAAAAGUGUGCCGGCACCAUGAUGCCGUUGGUCUUCACACUUCUCUGCCUGUGCGUUUUAAAGAUGGGUGGCUUCUCCACAUCUGUCACUCAAGCCACCGUCCAAUCAGAGCUUCAGUGUCAUGACUGGGGCGUGUGGAGCGAGGAUUCGGUGCGGGUGUAUGACGGGGAAGUGGCGUAUCUCUACUGUCCGCUCUUCUCUCAUCCCACGCUCUACAGCUACAGUCAGACUCAGAACAGCAGUCUGUCUCUGCUGUGGUACCGACACACACACACACACGAGCUGGAGCAGCCCAUCAACCUCAAACUACACACACUGCACAAAGACCGCGAGUACCUGUGGAUUCAGCCGGCCUCGGCGCAGGACGCCGGACUCUACAUCUGCAUGCUCCGCAACAUUUCCUCGUGUGUGAAGAUCGGCGUGGAGCUGGAGGUGAUUCAGAAGGACGGAGAGUGUGACGGGAGAGCUCAACCUCACCUGAACCUGACUAUACCGUUCCAGAGCGAACGAACCCUCACCUGUCCAGACCUGAACACACUCACGCUGCCCAACAGCACACACUCCAUCAGCUGGUACCACUUAUGCAGGACUAAACUGUUUCGAGGAGACCGGGAGCUGAAAGGAGUAGAAAGCUUCCAUAUAUUUGGUCUCGUCUCAAGAUUCACACAUUCGUCUUUCUCUACUGUAGUUCCUAAUGUGGGCAGUAAAGUUCCCAUCGUUCUGAAUCCCGCGAGCGAUCAGAUCUACACAGUGACUCUGGGAGACACAGCGACGCUGUCCUGUCAUGUGCUUCUGCCUCACCUGUACGAGGAAAAGCAGUACAUCUGGUGGACCGUCGAUAACAAAACCGUGGAGCAGCUCGCCGACCCGCGAUUCAGCUCACCUGAGGCCAAGCUUGUGUCAAAUGAUUACGGUGACAAGAGGAAAGAACGAGUCCUGUAUGUGAGGGAUUUUUCAGCUGACGACCUGCAGAGGGAGUUUACCUGCUCCGCCAGAAACAGCCGCGGGUUUAACACCAGCAGAGCCAUACUCAAAACCGAACCGUACGUCCCGACUCUAGAGCUGGGCUGUGGUUUAGGUGUGACGCUGGCGCUCAUGUUGAUGAUGUUCGUCAUCUAUCACGUGUUCUGGCUCGAGCUGCUGCUGCUCUAUCGCUCGUGGUUCGGCUCAGAUGAGAGAUACACGGAUGAUAAGCAGUAUGACGUGUACAUCUCAUACGCUCGCAACAGUGAGGAGGAGGAGUUCGUUCUGUCUACGCUGCGUCGAGUCCUGGAGACUGAGUUCGGUUACUCCGUCUGCAUCUUCGACCGGGACAGUCUUCCUGGAGGAACUAUAACAGACGAUACGCUGAGGUUUGUGGGUCAGAGCCGCAGGCUGGUGGUGGUUGUGAGUCCGUGCAGCGCUGUCCGCGGGACACAGGCUCUGCUCGAGCUGCAGGCCGGACUGACCAGCAUGCUCCACGGCGGCAGCCUCAGGGUGGUUCUGAUCCAGUUCAAACCAGUCCGGAGGAAGAGCUGGGUCAAAGAGCUGCGCCGGGCCCGGCUGGCGCUGACCCUCGUACGCUGGCAGGGUGAGAAAUCGGCCCCUCUGUCCUCACGCUUCUGGAAACAGCUGCAGCUGGAGCUGCCCAUGAGGAGGAACACGCAACACACACAACACACGCAAACGCUGCUACCAGAUAUCACACAACACACACCCGACACACACACACAAAACACACAUCAUGCAGAAGAGAAACUCAUCGAUCCUUACUCUACCAGUGCCUUAUAGACAUCAGCUGUGUCCAUAGUCAAGCUUUAUUUGCAUAGCGCUUUUCACAAUCUGCAUCAUUUCAAAGCAGCUUUA